AUGAAACUGGCACCUAUUGUAUUCAAUAAUGAAAAUUUUUCAGGUUUAAUGGGAUCUAUAUCCAUUGCAUGUUGGGUUAUAGUUUUUGUACCACAGAUAUAUGAGAAUUUUUACAGGAGUUCUGCAGAGGGGUUGUCGUUAUUAUUUAUUGUACUUUGGUUGGCGGGUGAUGUCUUCAAUCUAGUUGGUGCAAUGAUGCAACAUUUAUUGGUUACUAUGAUCAUCUUAGCUGCAUAUUAUACUUUAGCUGACAUUAUACUUUUGAUUCAAUGUCUUUGGUAUAAUAGAAGCUCUUCAAUGGAUCCAAUAUUAAAUAUUACUAAUACCACAACUAAUGUUAACAAUAGCACAGAAUAUAAUCACGCUCAUUCAUCUAAUAAUAUCGAUCCAAUCCAUUUCUCUCCUGCUACUCCUAUUAACGAAAAUGUUUUACAUGACGUCUUUCACGAGGAUCAACCUCUACUGAUCCCUUCAAGACGUGCUUCCCAUUCAAAUAGUUAUCAAUCCUUAGAUAAUCAACUACACAACAAUGAAUCUAUAAAUAAUCAAGGUAACAGUAACAUUUACAAUAAUAAUAACUUCAACACUAAUGAUAAUGGAAUUGAACUAGAACAAAGUUUGGAUAAGGGUAACUAUUUAAAUGAUAUCAUCAUCGUAUCGCUAGUUAUAUUUGCAGGUUUUAUAUCUUGGUAUAUUCCAUACUGCAAUAAUUAUUAUAACAAGAAGAAUAUUUAUAAUGCAACCAUCACAUAUUCUAACUAUAUUAUUAAAUCUAAAUUUUCGAUUUUUUCAUUAUCUCAAAAUAAUACGAAUAGUGACACUGAUACCUUGCUUCAUAUAAAUAAUGCAAAUGAUAUAGAAGUUAACAUAUUAGCACAAGUUUUUGGUUAUUUAAGUGCAUUACUAUAUCUGGGUUCAAGGAUACCACAGAUUUUAUUAAAUUUUAAAAGAAAAUCGUGUGAGGGAAUCUCAUUUUUGUUCUUUUUAUUUGCAUGUCUAGGUAAUACAACUUUUAUUACCUCUGUCAUUGCGAUUUCAUUGGACCCAAAAUAUUUACUAAUUAACGCAUCUUGGCUGAUUGGUAGUUCUGGUACUUUAAUCAUGGACUUCAUUAUCUUUGGUCAAUUUUUCCUUUAUGGCAGAGGUAAGACAGAAAAAACCCUAGAAACUAUAUCAGGUAUUGAAGAUGCAUAA